GUUUCAGGGUCAGGUUUCAACGCGGGGCGUUCGAUGGAGUUUCGGGAGAUUCUUGCUUUGGCUAAGAAAAAGCAAUCUAGACAUGAUGAUGAGGUCAAACGUAUAGAAGAGCAAAGGAAGCAGCGUGAUCUUGAGCGGAAAAGACAGCUAGAGGUUGCAGAGAAACUUAAUCGCAAGUUUGCAAAACCACUCCCUUCUGGCAAAAAUGUAAGCAUUGGUAGCUGUAACACCAAGAAAACUUCUGUUGGCGCUGCAUCAGAGUCGAAAAAUGUCACUAUUAAACCUGAAGUUUCAAGACCUGUCCCAUCUGUAUCUAAAGCCGACUCAAAGACACACUGUGAUAGUAGAAACUAUGGGGAGGCUAUUGACAAACCAACUAGUAAAGUAAUGCAUAAUCAUGCGUCUUCAUGUUCUGUUGAAAAAAAGGACUCCAAGAAAAACACUGAAGUGCAGCGGAAACCUAGUCGCCUAUCAUUCACAGAAAUGAUGGAAUUGGCUAAGAAAAAUGUUCAAUCGAGUGUAGUUGGAAAAAGACCAUUUGACGAUCUUAUCCCAUGUCCUGUUGAUUCGAAGUACAGAAGAUUGGACAGCAAAUCAGUGAAUAUACAACCUCCCGAUAAGACAACGAUUUCUUCGACUAAGUGUAAGCCGCCCCCAUUGCAUAGUCAACUGGACUCACAGAAAGUGUCUCCUAGUUUAACAUCAAAGAAGUCUUCCAAACCUUUUUGUUUAAACAGCUUUGGUAAGGCUGAUAAAGACAGUGUGAUGGAGAAGGCCGUUAAGCGUUUUGAAAAAAAUGGUCGGGUUUCCCCUAGUUUACCAGUUAAAAGUGACCGGAAAAUGUCUAACGUAGCUCCAGUAAACCAAUCCUCCACACUACAAAAGACAAACCUCAAACAUCUUGAGUCUUCAAAAGUAUCGCAAGCAAACAUAUCCAGAGAAACUAAGCUACAAACAAAAAUCCCCACCACUGUAAAGUUAACCGAUACUCUCAAACUGAAAGCUAACCCGUAUAACACGGAAAAAGCACUAGUUUCACGUACCGCUAAGACACCCAUUACUCUGACAAAUGGCAAGUGUCAAGUGCCAUUACCUAAACCUGCUUCUGCAUCAACUGAAAAAAGCAACAAAAACCACUUCAGAAGCAAAGAUAUACAAAUUCAGAAACCUAAAGGGAAUCCCCAACCUAAGCGUUGUGAUGAUGCGCCGCAACGUCGAGGUAUAGCUGCACAAUUGGGUGUCAGCUUUCAAUCUCAGAAUAGCGCUGCUUUGUCCGUAUCCGGUUCUGAGGAAGAAGAUGAAUAUCUCAGCGAUGACAGUUUUAUAGAUGAUAGUGAAGCACUCCAAUCAAAAGAGUAUGCACGAGUUGUGCGCGAUAUUCACCGUGCACUUAAAUUUGAUCCCCGGAAGUACAAGGAUGUUAAUCCUUAUGAAGACUUGCGUUGUAUGGAAGCGAAGUACUGUGAUAUAGAAAAAGAGGAACGUAGGAGUGCUCGUUUAGCAGCUCUAGAGGAUAAUGAAGAACUAAUUCGUGAUAUGAUGCGACGGAAAGCGAAGCUAGUGAAAAAAAGACAACAAAUAGUGGAUGAUGAUGAGGAUGAUCGAUGACUGAUUACACAUUUCUUUAUUUCAAGUCUACCGUUGUCUUUCUAAUAAAUGUUUUCUUAAUUUUCUAAAACCGUCCCUGGUGUGUGUGUGUGUGUGUGUGUGUGUGUGUGUGUAUACCGUAAUGUGAAAAGUGUAAUCUUUUGAACACACUAGUCGAAGUAUAUGUCUCCAAAAUCAUCCAAUUUCAUUCUAGUCCAAUAAUAUGUUGUGCUGGUGUUAUUAUUUCGAGUUGUAAUAUUAAGAAUAUAACUUCUUUUUUUUUUUUUUGUAAAACAAGAAUGAAGCAAACAUGAUGUAAAUUGAUGAUCAGAAAAUCACCUUACUGUUCUGUGUCCAUAGCUUUUUCGUUGAAUCAAUUAAAUCAUCUAGCCUGAU